CGGCGCACAGAAGAUUUCCUCCUCCAGUCUGCUUUGUCUCAUUUCAUCUGCCUCUGAACUGAGUGAGUUUGAACGAGUUGUUUCACAGGAUGCCUGUAUCGACGCGAUCAAUCAGAGACCGGUCUGCAGUGGGUCGGUUUCCUACUGUCACGUUUGGAUUUGGGGAGGACACAGAGGAAGAAAAGGAAGCCUCAGAGGAAGACAAUGCUGAGCAGGGAAAUGCAGGCCGGAAGUGGCUGCGUAAAAUCUGCCCGUGCUGCUGUCCCCAGCCAGAUGACGUCGACAUUACAGACACUUUGAUUACAGUAACUGAUGACCUGGAGGAAGUGACGGACGAUAAGAAGCCUGUUGCUGGUGACAGCGAGCUUGAUGAACUCCUCCUCAAUGUGAAAUCAAUAGACCUGAUGAAAGGCAAAUCAGGGGAGAACCGCACACAGCACCACACCGACCUCUACCAAAGUGAUGCCUUUAUUAUUCGCAGAGGACAGAAUUUCCAUAUGUGGAUUACUCUGUCUCGACCCUUUGACCCCAGCACUGACAAACUUCACCUCGAUCUUAAAACAGGGCCGCUGCCAACAGUGUCAAAAGGAACCCAUGUAAUCAUCCCUUUGGUGGAGGAGUUGGAGGGCAAUCGUUGGGAGGCUUCUAUUGUGAGUCAGGACGACAAAAGGAUGAAGCUGUCUGUGAAUUCUCUCCCCACGGCGCUCAUUGGCCGAUAUCAAAUCAUAGUGGAGACGCAUUGUGCAAACGGCCAGGCAGUUUCUACACAUGACCCUGCUAAUGAUAUCCUUCUGCUGUUCAACCCCUGGUGUGAAGAUGACACAGUGUUCAUGGAUGCUGAAGACGAGAGGCAGGAAUAUGUCCUGAAUGAUAUCGGAAAAAUCUACUAUGGCACCAUGGAUCAAAUUGGAGUGCGGACCUGGGACUAUGGACAGUUCCAAGAUGGGAUUCUUGCUGCUUGUAUCUUUGUCCUGGAAAAGAGUGGAACUCCUCCGUCAGGGUGGGGAGACCCGAUUAAUGUGGUGCGAGUGGUCUCAGCCAUGAUCAACUCCCCAGAUGACCUAGGUGUCGUGGAAGGAGACUGGUCCGGAAACUAUUCGGCUGGGACUAGUCCAACAGUUUGGAGUGGAAGUGUGGAAAUCCUGAAGGAAUAUCAUAAAAACGACGGAAAGCCUGUUAAGUAUGGCCAGUGCUGGGUCUUUGCUGGAGUAUUCACCACAGUCUUACGCUGUUUAGGCAUUCCCGGUCGAACUGUGACCAACUUCAGCUCAGCUCAUGACACAGACGUCUCCUUGACAACAGACGUAUACCUAGACGAGAACCUGGAGCCUAUGGAGCUCCUCAAUGCUGACUCUAUCUGGAACUUCCAUGUGUGGAACGAUGCCUGGAUGGCGCGUCCAGACUUGCCUGCAGGCAACGGAGGCUGGCAAGCUGUGGACGCCACGCCUCAGGAGACGAGCCAGGGCACCUUCCGCUGCGGCCCGGCGUCUCUCACUGCAGUACGCAAUGGACAGGUCUACCUGAAACAUGACAUCCCAUUUGUGUUCGCUGAGGUGAAUAGCGAUAAAAUCUACUGGCAGAAGAACACAGAUGGGACCUUCAGUCAAAUCUAUAGUGAGAAAAAGGUUGUGGGCCACUUCAUCAGCACAAAGGCUGUUGGUACUGAUGAACGCAUGGAGAUCACACACCUUUACAAACACCCCGAAGGCACAGAGAUGGAACGUAUUGCUGUGGAGACAGCAUGUAGCUAUGGCUCCAAAGCGGAGGCCUAUACCUAUACCAAGUCACAGGAUGUCUCUGUAGAAGUCACCAUGGAUGGUGUAGGUCCUAAAAUGGGAGAAGACGCAGAGCUUAAAAUUACUUUGCGAAACAGCAGCUCAGAGGAACGAAAGCUCAUCCUGCACAGCCAGGUGGCAGUCAUGUACUAUACCGGGGUCCACAAGGCAACGGUCAAAAAGGACACCACAGACUUGGACUUGAUGCCCAAUGAAGAAAAACAUUUGGAGUGGACCAUGGAAUAUAAAGACUACAAGGACCAACUGGUAGACCAGGCCGCCCUGAUGCUGACGCUGACCGGCAGGGUCAAGGAAACACAGCAGGUCCUGGCCACACAGUUCAAUUUCCGGCUCAGGACCCCAGACCUCAUCCUGAAGCCCAUCGGGAAAGCGGUGGUAGGAGAGAAGAUGGCAGUGGAGAUUUCAUUUACAAACCCACUAACACAGGUGUUGAAAGCUGUGAUAUUCCAUGUGGAAGGACUGGGCCUCCUUACCGCUCGAAAGAUUCAUUACGGAGAUAUUGGCAGUCGUGCCUCCGUGUCACUGACUGAGCACUUCGUAGCCCCACUCCCCGGGCCGAGGAAAUUACUGGCUUCAUUGGACUGCAAGCAGCUCACACAGGUUCAUGGUGUGACCGACAUCACUGUGGAGGAAAAAAGCAAUGGCGCUUUAUAGCAAUUUGAAAACUAGGACACUUCGACACUGAAUGUUUUAAGAUAACAGUUUUUCCAUGUCAUUUAUGGAAAGUUUAAAUUAACGGAAAGUAUGACACUGAAACUUUAUUUUGCAUUAUAAUUCAAAAUGACCGAUGACCACAGAGAGACAACCACUUACAGUAUAAAAACAUGUACGAAAAAUAUAUGAAAACCAGUAUAAGCUUACACCAAGCUUAUUAUAUUUUAAUAUUGUCCCACAGUCGUGCAGAGGUCGGACAGUGUGGCAGCUUAAAUGAAAGAAAUGUAUAUAUUUUUUUAAAGGAUCUACGUUAAGCAUCAUGCUUUAUAUUUAUACAUUUGAUAUAUAUUUUAUGUGUUUACUUGCCAUGUGUUUAAACUAAGACUUGUUUAUUAAACAAAUUAAUACUGCUUCAAAUGCUUUUGUGUUAUUUAAACAAAACAUAUCACAAGUUUGGUGACGUUUCAUGACAUUUCCUAACAAUUUGUUUCUGAUUCCCCGUGCUAAUGUUUGGUUAGAGAAGUAUAUUUAAGAUUUAUGUUCAUAAGGAGUCUGUAUUCAUGAAGUGGAAUCUAGGAGAGCUCAUCUCAGAUUUUCUGUACCCACUUAAAAAUCUGGAAACAAAGUCAGUGACACAGAAUGAUUGCAUUUGUUUGACUGCUUUUGGGGAUUACCUUAAAGUUUCAGGGCGAAAGACAUGCCGAUCAAUUUUAGCAUAAAGGUGCAUAGAGCAGCGCUCCAAUAUUAUGGAAGCAAGAGGAAAUACAUUGGAAACAAUUUGAUCUUACUUGACAGGUCAAAACAUCUCCACAUCGCAUCCAUCUUCUUUUUUAUUUACCCAAUUUCCUUCCAAAUACAGUUCACAGACUGGUGCAAAUUAUGAUUGCAUAAGAGGCAAUAAGCCAAGGAAACAAUAUUUUUGUCUCAAACUGUUCGUGUUUUCUGACAAGCAAUGUUUGGUGUGCAAUUUGUUUUUCUUACUCUGGAGUGAGAGUAAUGUGUGCCCACUUUUCAAGCCAGCCUCCAGUGCACAAGGUAUUUUAAAAUAAAAUAAUACUUUCAUCCUUCUCUCACGAUAGUUUGCUGUGCUAAGAUAAAUGGGCAUCUACAUUGGUAAACAAGACUCUGACAGCACACCUACAUGUUUGUCGUAGAAAGAUAAAUGGGCCACUCUCUUUGGAAAUUCACCUGCUGGAAAAGUGUAAUCAAUAAAGUUAAUGAUGACUGUUGCAUUUAGGUGCAAAACACUGUGUCUGUGAGCCAGCCAGCACAAAAGCAGUGACCUGGUACUAAAGGAAUACAGCCGGAGUGAAGGUCGAAUUACACCGUGCAGGUGUUCCUCUGCACCUGUUUUGAUUUGUGAAAAAAAAAAAUGCAGAGAAACACCUGCACGAUGGAAUUCAAUGCUGUAGAAAUCACAUUACAAGGUAAUGCAGUCAGCAAAACAACAACAAUAUUGAUAAUUAAGCUGAAGCAUCACUUCUCAGGAACAGAUUAGCAACAACACAAAUAAUUAUUGUUGCGUACGUUUUACAGCGUUAUUAAUUAGUACAGAAUUGUUGUAUUGCUUACUCUUUUUUCUGCUCACUCUUUGCAUCUUCAUAGCACAUACAUGUAUACAGGAAAAGGUCAUAACAAGCAAGUGGUAUUUUAUUUUUCUUUCGCAGCAGGAUGCAUAAUAACAAUAUUGCAGCAAUGUCUUAUGCUUGAAGAACUACUGUAGGUCCAUACAACACUGGAAUUGCUCAAUAACCAUAUCAUCAGAUUUUCUUGAGGGGUAACUGUGGCUGCAAGGUACUGCGAUUGUCCUUCAAUUGGAAGGUUGUGGGUCAGAUCCCAGCCGUUGCAGUCAACGCAGUUGCGCUUUGAGGGGUCAUAAUGACUGGAUAAAGCGCUAUAUAAAUACAGUCCAUAUGCCAUUUGAUGUAUUAUGUAAUUCAUGUCAUGCUGUAAUAAAUAAAGUAAAGUAAUCAAAUACUGA